GUUGAACUGGAAUGUGUAAUCUGAGUCGGCAAAUAGAAGAAGUUGAACAAGAAGGAAUCUGAAUUGAUGGUCAUGUACUUGUAUGUAGUUGCGUAUUUCUAGUACGCUGCAACUAACAUGAACUCAUAUGUCGCGCAUCUGCAGUAAUGGAAGAUCCUACUUGUUGCGCGCUGCUGCUCACCAUGUCGCAUCAGCAGAGCCGUCUACUUUAUCGAUCGUUUUGUCGAGAUUCUAUUCGCUGGUCUCACAUUCUCAUUCACUUUGGCAGGCAGCAUCGUGGUCACUGUUACAGCGAAAGGGAGUGCGCCAAACUGGCCUGAUUGGGCUUUCUGGGAAUACAACUUUUCGGCCUGCGACCCAGCCGACGAUCAUGCCUGACAUGGCAAUGGCGAUUGUUCGUAUGAGAAACAGUUUGAUCUCUCGUUUUUUGACUAGGGUCGCAUCGGAGCCAGGCAGUUAGCUGCUCCUGCUACGUUGUUCGAAUGAAUGAAUAAAUCAGUCUCUUUUUUUUGAACUAUUUUUCUGUUUCUCGUGGUUAGCGCCGAUCAUAUUUGAUUUUUGAUUUAGGGUUUCAGUUUCUCCUUCUCCUGUCCUUUCUCUUCCUAGUCCUAGCCCUAGCCCUAGCCAUACAACUAGCUCUACCUCUAGCUACCUCUACAGCAAAGAACAACGUCCAGUAGUAUUACUUACCUGGAAUCGGAUACGUUUUUGAGAGUAAUGAACAGACUAAGUACAACUUUCCUUUCAUACCCUACUCGACACCACUACACCUGACCUUACGACUGGAAGUGCCACAUACCAGUGCGAUUACAAGGUUCCUUGGCAUGGUCCAGAGUGCGCGCAGAGAGACUUACCGCCCUUGGUUGAAGCGGAGCGCGCAUGGACUGCCGAUGAAUGCAUCUCACCAAAUCUGGGGUGGGUCCAUUUAUGGCUAAGGUUUCUGACGGAGUGGCACUCAUCAGUACCUAGUCACAAUCACAGCCGUUCUACGAUAUUGGGGCACCACACGGGUCCCGGGGAUCUUUUUGUUUUACAAUAACAAGAACAAGGCCAGAAAUUGAUAUUGAUAUUUUUCAGUGUAGUGAUUGGGAAACAAAAACAACUAUCUGAAGAUUCUGAAUCAUGGUUCCCUAAUUUCAGUGGUACGAAACGAGCACCCAAAAAUAG